AUGCGGGCAACGUCGCUUUUGCGCGUACGCCUCCCAAAGGCUCGUCGGCCACGUGAACGACCGUGGGAUAUUUUCAAUACGCGUGAAUUUGGCUUUAGUGAGGGGUCGCAGAACUACAGCAUGUGGCUUCUUACCGCCUCGACCUAUGCGACACUGCUUCUGUUCGAAAGCUGUCAGCAGAUGCUGCGUAUCUUGGUGCGUGGCGACACGUGUUCUGCCUGCGACGCGGCACGUGAACAUUAUAGACAGCGCGUUGCUGAAAAGGAACGUGAGAUGCAGGAGGCAUUCCGCCGUAGUGGUCACGCAUGA